CCCCAGAAACCAAUGGCUCUUGACAGUUGAGACAGAACACCAUGGCGCACCAGCGCGCUCAGUCCGUGAGCACCACCGAAGUGCCCAAAGAACCCCACGCCGUCUCCCUCAAAGUCCUCCGCCUAACCCGACCCUCCCUCGCAAUCCAAUACCCCCUCCCCCACCCCUCCCCAUCCUCAACCCUCGCCCAAACCAUCCCCCGCGCCGCAUCCCUCACCUACCCCUCCGCGCCCUCCUCCCCCUUCGCCCUCUCGCCGCUCCUCACCCUCCCCCCCGCCUUCGGAAACGCAUACGUGGGCGAGACAUUCUCCUGCACCCUAUGCGCGAAUAAUGAACUCCCAUCCGAUGCGCCGCGCGUGCACUCCGUCAAGAUAGAAGCGGAAAUGAAAACACCCAGCCUUACAACUUCCCUCCCUGUCUCAUUCACCUCGGCGUCCACACCGUCAUCGCCGGACUCAGAUCCGCUCUCUCAGUCUGCACCGCCGCCUACCGAUCUCGCUCCUGCCGCAAGUUUACAGGGGAUAAUCACCUGCCACCUCCGCGAGGAGGGACCACACGUCCUCGCCGUCACGGUGUCAUACUCCGAGACGACAUCGACGUCCGGCCGUGUCCGCAGCUUCAGGAAGUUAUACCAGUUCGUCGCGCGCCCGGCGCUGGUGGUGCGCACAAAAAUCGGGACUGUGGAUGGCGGCUGGGCACUCGAGGCACAGCUAGAGAAUGUAGGCGAGGAAGCGCUAGUGCUAGAGGGCGUGAGGUUAGAUACGAAAAGCUGGUUCCGCGCGAGGAGUCUAGAGUCCCUGUGGGAUGGCGAGAAGGGGGAGAAGGGGAAAGCGGUGGUGGGUCGGGGAGGGGUUCAGCAGGUUUGCUUUGUGGUGGAGAAGGUGGGGGAGCCGGAUGAGAUUGGGGAGGGCGGGAAGGUGUUCAUGGGCGUGUUGAAUAUUAGUUGGAGGGGACCGAUGGGGAAUAUGGGGGAGCUGUCGACGGGGUGGUUGGGGUUGAAGUUGAAGCAGUGAGGGGCUGGAAGGGGGUGUUAGAGGCGCUAUGAUGGGGGGAGUAUAGAUUUUUGGUUGGCGUUGUGGGAUAUGUGUGCUAUGUUUAGCGGUACUCGCUCAUGCCUGGAAGUCUAAAGGACUAUACGGAGAUACGAAUUGAUACUGAAAUUGAAGUAUUUUGAUUGCUAUG